AUGGACAACGUUUGUCGCAAAUCGGGUAGCCAAAUUGUGACGGCAACAAAUAGCUCCCCAUGGAAUCACGUCCGUUCAGAAGACAAUCCAGCAGAUCUCCCUAGCCGCGGCCUGAGUGCGCAGAAACUUGUACACAAGGAUUUUUGGUGGCACGGCCCACUAUGGCUACGGGAACCACAAGAGUCCUGGCGGCGAUCGACACCACUCCCACUAGGCACUACGUUGGAGAAGCGGGUAGUGAAGGUCCACGUCGCGAUCGCUAAGCCAGCCAACGAGAUACUGUCUCGUUUUUCCAAUCUGGCACGUGCCUUACGAGUGGUAGCAUAUGUGGUCCGUUUCGGCAGAAAGUGUCGUAAACUUCCAAACGACUACUCCGGGAAGGUGACCUCUAGCGAAAUCAAUCAAGUACUCCAGACGUUGAUCCGAGUCACUCAGCGUGAUCGGGAAGUACCCGACGGAACAUCGCCACCAGAAUCUGUCCUGGCAUUUCAUCCCUCCCGGGGCACCACACAUGGAGGGUUGUGGGAGGGUGGAGUUAAGAGUUUUAAAACUCUGUUCUACAAGGCCACCUCCAACCAAAAGUAUACUUUUGAAGAGUUCUCUACGCUGCUGGCUAAGGUAGAGGCUUGUUUGAACUCGCGGCCGAUUUCUCCUAUGUCGGAAGACCCCAACGAUUCUCUAGCUUUGACCUCAGGCCAUUUCCUAGUGGGCGGUCCAUUGCUAUCCGUGACGGAACCUGAAAUCAAGGAUCAGGAUCCGUCUAUCAUUAACCGGUGGCAGCGUCUGAAGGCUGUGAGUCAGCAUUUCUGCUUCCGAUGGAAAGAUGAGUAUCUGAAGGAGGUACAUAAGCGCAAUAAGUGGCGAUUCCCUUCUAAAAAUCUUGAAGUGGGCGAUCUGGUGGUACUCAAAGACGACAAUCUUCCAUUUAAUGAAUGGCGUCUCAGGCGAAUCCACCAAGCAUACCCUGGCAGUGACGGCAAUGUCCGCGUCGUCGAACUGCGUACCGCUCGCGGUAUUGUGAAGCGUCCAGUCGCAAAGCUGAUCUUUCUUCCUCCAGAAGAAAGAAUUCAAACUCAUUACGUAAAGCUACAGUAG